GCGAGCCGAGGGGCUGCCACAGCGCGGCGGAACCCGCCCCUCUGAGACACGCACGGCAGCCUCUGCCGCUGUCAUGGUCUCCAGUCACGUGACGUCCGCUAGCGGCUGGCCCCGCUUCCGGCCGCUCUAGCCCAGUUGUCUCGGUGCCACCGGCGCCUUCCUUGUCUCGCUGGCGGACUCCGUCCCGCCUUCCCUUUCUUCCUGCAGGAAGAGUGGCGUACGGACUCUGAAGUCCCCGGUAAGCAUGUCAAGAGCUAUCCAACCAAAGUCUCAGCUUUGUUUCUCAGAAGUGUAGUCUGGAGCCCUGCACAGCCAGCUUCUCAGGUUCUCCCCCAGACCCCUAGAGCACAUCUCGAAAAAAUGACCCAUUGGUUUCAUAGGAAUCCAUUAAAAGCCACAGCUCCUGUGUCUUUUAACUACUAUGGCAUGAUCACUGGUCCCCUUGCCUCAAAGAUUUGCAAUGAUUUGAGAUCAUCCAGGACUCGGCUCCUUGAAUUGUUCACUGAUUUGAGCUGUAAUCCGGAAAUGAUGAAGAAUGCAGCAGACUUAUAUUUCUCACUUUUACAAGGUUUCAUAAAUUCACCAGGUGACUCUACCCAAGAAAGCAAAUUACGAUACGUUCAGAGUUUCAAGUGGACUGAUACAUUGCAAGGACAUGUUCCAAGUGCCCAGCAGGAUGCUGUUUUUGAAUUGAUUUCCAUGGGAUUUAACGUAGCAUUGUGGUAUACCAAAUAUGCUUCAAGAUUGGCUGGAAAAGAAAACAUAACAGAAGAUGAAGCAAAAGACGUCCAUCGAAGCCUGAAAAUUGCAGCUGGAAUUUUUAAACAUUUAAAGGAAAGUCAUACACCCAAACUGCUUACCCAAGCAGAAAAGGGACAGGACUUAGAGGCUCGGCUCAUAGAUGCCUACGUCAUCCAGUGCCAGGCUGAGGCUCAAGAAGUAACUAUUGCCCGAGCAAUUGAACUGAAGCAUGCUCCGGGACUGAUCGCUGCACUUGCCUAUGAAACGGCCAGCUUCUACCAGAGGGCAGAUCAUACUUUAUCCAGUUUGGAGCCUGCAUACUCUGCUAAAUGGAGGAAGUACCUGCACUUGAAGAUGUGCUUCUACACGGCCUACGCAUAUUGUUACCAUGGCCAGACUCUGUUGGCUAGUGAUAAAUGUGGAGAAGCAAUCAGGGCUCUCCAAGAAGCAGAAAAAUUGUACGCGGAGGCUGAAGCCCUGUGCAAAGAGUACGGGGAAACCAAGGGACCAGGACCCACAGCCAAGCCCUCAGGGCACCUGUUCUUUCGGAAGCUUGGAAGCCUUGUGAAGAACACCCUGGACAAAUGUCAGCGAGAAAAUGGGUUUAUUUACUUUCAAAAAAUCCCAACAGAAGCCCCACAACUGGAGCUCAAAGCAAACUAUGGGCUGGUGGAGCCCGUGCCUUUUGAAUUUCCUGCUAUGAGUGCUCACUGGACGCCGGAAGCGUUGGCUGCAUUUGAUCUCACCAAGAGACCCAAGGAUGACAGUGUCAAACCCAAACCGGAAGAAGAAGUGAAACCUGUAAAAGAACCAGAUAUCAAACCUCAAAAGGACACUGGGUGUUCUGUCUCUUAAGAAUGUAACACUUGCUUAGAAAUCUUGCUGCCAGUUCAUAGGGGACAUUUUCUGAUUUCUCUGAAGCCCAUAGGGUAAUUAUUAACCUCAGAGGGACUUGGCCUUUUGUUUAUUUAUUCUUGAUUUUUAACAUAGAGGUGUUUCAUGCUUUUGUUUCUGGGCUCUGCUUUUUUAAUCAGGACAGCAUUUGGAAGGGUUGUUUUUUAUGUCUUUAAUGAGCAUAUGUGGGGGUUGGACUUUGUCUGAACUCUAGAUAGUAAGUUUCAUGUUAAUGUUUUUCUACCUUCACAAAAAAAUGUUUGUUUUCCUAAAAGAAAUGGGUUCAUCUCUUAUCACUGAGUCUAACACAGUUUUCUGGUGGGAAAAGAAAAUCGCAGUUAAAAAUCAGAAACCUUUAGACCAAACUCUUUCCUUACACUUACCAGUCAAUAAUUUACUGGAAAAUCAGUGUUUAGAAUGUGGAACUUACUUGAAAAUCAGCGGUGACGGGGCUGCUGCCUGGCAUACGCUUCCCUCCCCUGCAUAGUCCCACGCUCCCAGAGUCCCCCUCAGAGUCCAGACGGUGGAUUUUUUACAAGUACCUUUUCUAGUGAUUUUUUUUUUACUUAAGGGACAAAGCUUUGUACUAGCAUUUGGCGUUUCUUUGUAGAGAGAUGAAAAGAGUGGACAAAGGGUUUUAAAGAAGUAAAAGAUUGCAUGCUGUAGAGAGCGCCUUCGUAAACUAAUCGAGAUAGAUUGUCCUGGAUCACACUGAUGACUCCUUUGUUGAAAGCAUUUAAGAAAAUGCCCUUUGUUACCUGAUUUUGGUGUCCAUUGUGUUUUUACCAUGGUUUUCUUCAGUCUAUGGCCUAUCAGAAUUGUUUGGGUGUAGGCCAGAGGCCAUAGCAGCUAAAGUUAGAAUAUAGACAUAAAGUAUGAUCUUCCAAGUGGGUUGUACUACUUAAACAGUUUGGUUAUAUCCACAGACUGGGAACUAGAGGGUGACUUGAACAGGUCACAUUAUCUCGAGUGUGUCCUUCUUGGUUACUGUCCUGUGGUGUUAACUCCUUUCAUAGGUGGCAGGUUGGCUCACUUGAUAGGAACAACAGUGUACUCGAGAGCUUUCUGUGUGCCAGCCAGUGUGCAGGCAUGUAGACAAACCACUGCAUCCACAUAGCAACCCUGUGAGAAACACAUCAAUCUACAGAAAGUGUUGAAAGGAAUAUACAUCUCAUGAUGAAGAAUGAACAGAUUAUACCUUCAAUCAAGAUUGUAUUCGAUAAAUCAUAUAUCAUAGUUACACUCCUUUGAAAAGCUACAUAGAAUCAAUGAGCUUUUUUUAUAUAUAGCAAUGCUAGUUACAGCUUACAAUGUCUGUUUAAUAUUUGAAGCUGCAGCUUUCAGAACACUUGGAGAAACUACUGAAUGGGCAUUAAGUUUUAUUUCGCUGCCUGUAGAAAAAACUACCAAGUCUCACCUUCCUACAGAGUCGCUUGUCCAAAUGCCAGUUACUGACAGAGCUCUGAGUACUCCUGGCUGCGGCCUGCUUACCCUCUGCCUGUGGGACUUACUUUAAGUACUAGUACUCAUUAACCUAGGGAGUGAGAUUUUUGUGGACGGGCUAAACUGCCAUUAAUGAAAUGGAAGCACAUAAUGUGUCCAGUGCGUCUAUAAAGUGCAGUAGGUACAGGUCUUGAAAUCCUUAAUUGAUGGUGUUCACAUGGUCAGAUGAGAAGUCUUCUGUUGACUGAAGAGGUACCACCCGCUGCUUAACAUGCCCCAUUAUAUAAGAUCCUAAAUGGUAUUGGGAAUUUGAGGAGAUACCAAAUAUGAAGCUCGGCAUGAAGGCUGUAGGGGGUGGACCGAACAUUAGUGUUGCAUGUAUUUCAUAGCAGGCGAGGACAGCUCACAUGCUACUUCUGCUCAGUGUUUAUAUAAUGAUUUCUCUUUUUAUUUAUAAAAAUAAAAGCAAUUUUACUUACAUUUUCA